GAAAUAAUUUUUUUAUUUAUAUACAAUUUUUUCGCGAACACUCCAAUUCUGAAUUUCACUUUCACUCCACCGGAUCCCGAGCUUGACGAAACCUGAACUCCGGUGCGACGAGCGAACAUGGUUUACAUUACUUCGUGGGACGAUUUUUUGGAACGAUCCAUUCAGCUAUUCCGCGCCGAUCCUGAUUCUACGCGGUAUGUUAUGAAGUAUAGACACUGUGAUGGAAAAUUGGUACUCAAGGUCACUGAUAAUCUACAGUGUCUGAAGUAUAAGACAGACCAAGCACAAGAAGCUAAGAAGAUGGAAAAACUUAACAAUAUAUUCUUUACGUUGAUGGCUCGGGGACCAGAAGUGGAUCUGUCUGAAGUCACCGGGAAAGAACAAAUGGAGGCACAACCGGUUAAAAAAGGAAGAGGAAGAAAGCAAUAACUGACGUAUCUUUCUGCCAAAAUAGACCAUGAAUCUUAGGAAUCCAGUAAUGAUUUUGAUAGAUUUUUUACCAAUUUCAAAAUUUUACAGCAAUGCCUUGAUCAUAUUUACAUUAUUUGUUUUUUGAAUCCACCUUUCAAAAUUUUUUAAUCUCGGGCAUGGUUUUGACUUCAACUAGACAAGAGUAAUUUGGUGAGCCGUGAAACUUAAGCAUCACAAUCGCCUUUGUUUUUUAAUUGUGUACUUUUUAUGUUAAAUGGCUUUCAAUUUAGUGGUACAAAAGUGAACUUUGACUUAA